AUGCCGGAUAAACCGCGUCGCGUCAUAUUGGAGACAUCCAAAGAAGUUAAACGCCGGUGGCAGCGCAGCAACCAACGAUUCCAGUUCACCGCAUCCCAGAUCGCACAGCUAGAUCGCCGGGAGGAGCGAGAAAAGAAAGCGAAGAAGCUACGCGAGAAGGAAAAGAAACGCAUUGCCAACAAGAAACGGAAAGCCGAGCAGGAGGCGCAGGCCCGUGAGGAGCGGAAGCGUCGCGGCAUCCCGGAUCCCAAUGCCCGCGUCUCCUCGAGUCAGCCUAUGCUAUCAAUGUUCCUAGGGGCUGGGAAGCGACAAUCACCUGCUGCACCGGAGCCUGCGCCUACAGUUACGGAGCUCGAAGCACAUGAUGACAAUUCGGGGAGCGCGGGUGGAGAUACGGAAGCUGAAUCAGAUGACUUGGAUGAAGUAUUGGAAAAUGAACUAUCUGAGCUUCAAGAUGCAGAUGGCCCGAAAGAGCCUGAAGGCCAGGAUAUCGCAACCGAGACCCGGGCUUCAUCCUUGGAAGAAGAUGAGUUCUCGGACUGCUCGGCGUUCGACGACGAAGAGAUUUUGAAAAAAGCCGACACGGCUGCUAUUACACGAGCAACUGACGAAGAAACGAAGAGCCCCCCUAUACCCAAGGAAUCAUCCUACAUACGACCUUCCCCGGCUGUACUCACGCUAGAAUCAUCUUUCGACUCUUUCCAGUACGACCCCGCCGAUUUCCUUGAAGCCGAGGCGGCUAUUAUCACACAAACGAAAAGUCCUGGAACGAGAGACCAUUCCCCACCCAAGGACACCUCCUCUUUACAACCUCCUUUGUCUGAUCGACCGUGCAGUAGACCCACCUUGGCGUCUUCUUUUGGAGAUUCCUUUCGAGACGAGACUGCGGAUUGGAUUGAAGAAGUGUUUGCACGCGGAAGCGGUGACCCUUUUGACGAACUCAAUAAAGAAGCCUCUGCAUGA